AUGGCCUCGCAGGGCUUCUCCAGAAAACGUUCUGCGCCGGGUGCAGACCCGGUCUCGUACCCUGCUCAAAUGCAGAAUCCCGUGCCCGCAUUCAACGAUGGUCUUGGGCAGCAACUCUCCAAUGACCAGUUCCUUCAGUGGGGGCAGACCGGUCAGCCUGUUGCUGGUCCCUCAUACAAUGACACUAGCUUCGGUAUGAACGCAAACGCCUAUCCCGCGAGCAGUCCCCAAAACGUCCCUCAGCCUUCGAAUCAACUGACCCGGAGACCCAUCACUCAACUCGCCUCCCGUAUCCCCCGACCGAACGAAGAGGGGAAUGCUUGGAUGGAGCAUCCCAAUGGAGGUGUGCAUACCGCAAAUCCGGAGUGGGAGGAUGACAUUGCAGAGUUGGAGGCAAGAGCACAAGUCGCGAAGAGAGAGGCACAACAGAAGAGGAAGCAGAUACCCCCUUUUGUUCAGAAGCUUAACAGCUUUCUGGAGGACGGCAGAAACACCGACCUUAUCCGUUGGUCAGACGAUGGCAACUCAUUCAUUGUCCUGGAUGAGGAUGAAUUCGCCAAAACACUUAUCCCGGAGUUGUUCAAACAUAACAACUACGCUUCAUUCGUGCGCCAGCUCAACAUGUACGGCUUUCACAAGAAAGUCGGCCUUUCCGACAACUCCAUGAGAGCCAGUGAACGCAAAAACAAAAGUCCAAGUGAAUACUCAAAUCCCUACUUCCGCCGAGGUCACCCAGAUUUGCUGUGGUUGAUACAAAAACCCAAAAAUGUCGCCGGGCCUGCCUCGAAACGAAAAGGCAAGACCGACACAGACCAGAACGAGGAAGAGGCGGACGAAUAUGUUGAGGAGGCACAUCCCACCGAUAGUCGAGUACGUCCCCGACCCGGCCAGCUCACGCUAGGAAGUGGCGAGAUGGCCCUCACCCAGGAGCAAUUUAAGAGCGUGCAACGGGAGUUGGCAGCCAUCCGGCAUCAGCAGACGCAGAUUUCUCGCAUGAUGCAGCAGCUCAAGCGUGAGCAUGAACAGCUGUACGGGCAAGCGGCGACAUUCCAGGACCAACACAAUCGACAUGAGAACUCGAUCAAUGCCAUCCUGACCUUCCUCGCCACCGUCUACAACCGCAGCCUUCAAAGCCACGAAAGUGUACAAGGGAUUGCCAACCUUUUCCAAAAUGCUAUGCCUGUCGAUACAUCGACCCAGGGCAACGUGGUUGACGUCGGCGACUACAACUUCAACGAUAUCAACCUCGACGGUAGUCCUGCGAAGCCGUUCAAGAAACAGCCUUUACUAUUAACCAAUGGUCGCGCGAGCACAUUGUCCCCCCGCUCUGGCAACAGUCCCUAUCCUACGCCCAAGCCAUCAACCACCCGCAACGGCCAACCGCAAUCACUGCUCUCGCCGAAACUUGAAGAGGUCUUUGAUCCGGGAGUUCACAGCCCCGACAGCCCCGCCGUCUCCUCUGUCAAUCAGGCCCGUGCCGACUUGCCUUCCCGUGACAUGAUGACGGUGAUUCAGAACGCUAACGCAAGAAAUAAUCACGCGGCAACUUCUCCCACCACCCCCGCCCAAGACUUCUCCAAUGUCCUCAGCAAUCUCGAAGCGUCCUCCGGCACAGGACCACUGUCCACAGCCCAGCGCGCCGACGUCCUCCGCAUGAUCAACAAUUCCACGAACCAACCCGCCGGCAACGACAAUGCGCUUAUAAAUGCCACUCCACCACCUGGGCCUGCGAAUUUCCAUCGCCGUCUGGCCAGCACCCAAGCCGACUUGGAACAACUUGCCAAGUUGCAAGCGGAGCAGGAUAAAUCUGUCCAAACCCUCACGAACUUACUGCAACCACUCUCGCCAACAGGCUCCAUCCCUGGAAUCAAUGAUGGCCAGUCACUUCCACCUCCGCCAUUAGAUAUCGACGAUUUCCUCAAUCACAACGAAUACUUUGCCGACUUUUCAAGUGACGGGAACGGAAACUACGACUUUGGCAACACAGGUCUAGGUGGGAAUCAACCAGGCACUGCAGACAACCUGAAUUUCGCUUACAAGGACGACGACGAGAUGUUUGGAAAUCUGAACAAUGAUACCGCGACUGGGUUCGGCGGCUUCGAUGGAACCAAUGUGGGAGCGGGUGCUGGCGUAGGUAUGGGGACGGAUCAAUAUGGCGGAAGUACGGGGAAUAUCAAAUUCGACAAUGCGACCCGUUACACGGAGCAUGAUGGCGGGGGGCACGUCGAGAGCGUGCCGAGCAGCGAAGUCACCACUCCCAAGUCAGAUAAAUCUGCUGCCAGCCGAACGGCGGCUAAGGGGAGAAAAUUGAGCGAUGCCGAAGAAAAUGGGAUGGGGAGGAAGAGAGCUAGAGCCUGA